GCCGCCCACUCGCUUCUCCAACUGGAACUCGGACCCAAACGGAGAUUUUUACGAAAAGAUCGACCGCAGGCUGCGCAGCAGGGUUGAGGACGGUGUGACGACGAACAGGACCCCCGCAGCUAUGGACCCAGUGGCGUGACAGCCACGUCGAUGGCGUUUCUAAACUUACUCGACGAUGUUUGGCCGUAACCAAAGACGUCAGAAAGACUGUGUAGUUCCAGCUACAAUGACUGCGGCUUCACUCGUUAGAUAGACGGAGAGAGCGAGGGGCCGAACGGGACCCCGUCCCCUCUAGAGCACCGCUCCGUCGGAUGGAGGCUGACGGGAGCCUCGCUGUAGGCCGGGAAUGUCACCUGUGAAGCGCCGCAAGAGGUUUUUGAGCUUCAGAACAAAACCCGCACACAUAUGUUAGCUUUUUUUUGGACUUGUCUUGGCCGCUUGGAAAGCUUGUAGGUGGGAAAAGUUGGCGUAUUUAGUUAGCUGCACGAGACGAGCCCCGCGCGCAGGAUGACCAUCACUGAGAACCUAAACAGGUAGCAGGUGAACGAGGCGGCGUGUUGUGGACUUUUCCACCGUCGAGUUUUUACUACGUGCGCCCCCGCAGAUACUUCCAGGACGAAUUUCUUAAAUAUUGGACUUUUGUCCCCCCCUCCACGUUGAGAAGUUGCGCCUGUUCCAGAGCGACCAUGUCAGUCAAAGACAACGCUUGUCGUAAAUUUCAAGCCAACAUUUUCAACAAAAGUAAAUGUCAGAACUGCUUCAAACCCAGAGAAUCACAUCUGCUGAACGAUGAAGACUUAAAUCAGGCAAAACCUAUAUAUGCAGGAUGGCUGCUUCUCGCUCCCGAGGGAACAAACUUUGACAAUCCUUUACACCGAUCUCGGAAAUGGCAAAGAAGGUUUUUUAUCCUCUAUGAGCAUGGACUACUCCGCUAUGCCCUGGAUGAAAUGCCCAGCACGCUACCCCAAGGGACAAUCAAUAUGAACCAGUGCUCUGAUGUCAUCGAUGGUGAGUCCAGGACAGGUCAGAAGAACUCUCUGUGCAUCCUCACCCCAGAGAAAGAGCAUUUCAUACGAGCUGAAUGCAAAGAAAUCAUCAAUGGGUGGCAGGAAGCGCUGACCGUGUACCCCAGGACCAACAAGCAGAACCAGAAGAAAAAACGCAAGGUUGAUCCUCCCACUCAGCAGGAGCCUGGACCUGCUAAGGUAACAGUGACCAGCAGUGGAGGCAGCAUCCCAUGCCUUACCAGCAGUAUUGCCAGCGCAGAGCGGGUCCCGAUGAGCCGUGCAACUCUCUGGCAGGAGGAGAGCCGUUGGAGCAGGGCCACCAUCCCUUGCAGCCGCAGUGCCUCCUGUCUCAACCAGCUGAGCCAAAACCAGACAGACUCCAGUGUUACCACUCAAGAUGAUGGCCGCACAGUGAGCACUGGGCGAAAGGUACGAGUGGAAAGUGGUUACUUUUCCCUGGAGAAGACCAAGUCAGAACCUUCUCCACAGUCUGCACAUCACUCCCAGCCCCCCCAGAGUCUACCCCUGUCCUCUUCAGCUUCAUCCUCCUCUUUAGGAGCUCCCAGUUCCAGGUAUAACUCUGAAUCUGAUCCCCAAAUGUCCCCUCAUCAACCCUCCCCAGAUCCUUUUCCCUCUCCAAAUGCACUUGUGUCCCCAACCUACUCCACCAUCAGCUCCUCCCAGAGCUCUCUUGACUCUGAACCCAGUGGGGCUUCUCUUAUCUGGGAGGGGCACAGUGGUGUUGGAGAGAGCACUGGAGGAAGCAGAGUUGGCCGGUCCGGCAGGGAGUACACAGCACUGUCGGAUGUGCCACGGGCUCGCAUUCUGAGCUACCAAGAAGCCUUCCGCUCCGAGAAAAAACGCCAAGAUCUGAGGGCACGGACACGAAGCCCAGGGAGGGAAGAGGUGGCUCGGCUGUUCGGGGAGGAGCGCAGGCGCUCUCAAAUCAUCGGUCGGUUUGAGGAGAGUCAACAUGCAGAGCGUAUGGAUACCAGCAGCUCCACUAACCCCUCAGUUAACACUGCAGUGACUCAAAGACAAGGCCGGAGUGAGAGACGCUACCUGGAGGGCAAACACAUGUCACUGGAUACGGGGAAGGACUGCUUUGCCCCUGAGGUUUCCAGCUCCAGUUUUGUCAAUUUAAGAAGAGCCAAAUCACUAGAUCGCAGAGUCACCGAGUCAUCAAUGACUCCGGAUCUGCUGAACUUCAAAAAAGGAUGGAUGACGAAGCUUUAUGAAGAUGGAAUGUGGAAGAAACACUGGUUCGUUCUGACAGACCAGAGCUUGAGGUACUAUAAGGACUCGAUAGCUGAGGAGGCCUCAGAACUGGAUGGUGAGAUUGAUCUUUCCACAUGCUAUGAUGUUAAAGAGUUUCCGGUCCAGAGGAAUUAUGGAUUCCAAAUCCUUUGUAAAGACAGAGCGUGCACCUUGUCUGCUAUGACCUCUGGAAUCCGUCGCAAUUGGAUUCAGGCCAUUAUGAAGAAUGUGCGACCCACCGUUGCCCCCGACGUCACCCGGAAAAACAUCUCUCUGAAACUGUCCGUUCUGAAGCCCAGAUCUAUCCCUGAUGAACACAUAAAAGGUCAUGUGAUGCUGGAACCAUGUCCCCAGACUACUCCUGACCUGAGCCCAAGUGUUGAGGAACAUAAAUCAGAUGACCACAAACCUACGCCAGGCAGCAACCCUCCUUCUGAGCCACGAAAAAGAGGAGUUCGUGAACGCAGACGAGAUGGCCGUUCAAAAACCUUCGACUGGUCCGAAUUUAAAACGGAACGGAAAGAAAAGCCUACAAAAGAACGAGCGGACACAGUGGACCUCAGCUCAUCAUUUUCUACAGCUUCCUCCUGCUACUCUCCCUCUUCUUCGUCUUCCUCAAUGGCGUCCUCUCCCGUGUCUUCUUCCUCACUGCAAACCUCAUCUUUAUCAGGUCCUCACCCACAUGCUGUGAAAGAGGAAGCAGAAAAGGAGAAUGUUUGGAGAGACGACUCGUUGCACAGUACAACCAGUGUGGAUCUUGUGCCAAAAACAGCUUCUGUUGCUUCAACACUUAACACUGCACCAUUGAUACAUGAAAGCCACGAACAAGGAAACAUGGAAGUAGACCAUCCUUCUGUCUGCCUAAACAGUGAAGAUGCAACAGACGGCAUAACUUCAGAUGUCCAAGAAGAAAUUGAACAACGGUGGCAUCAGGUGGAGACAACACCUUUAAGAGAAGAGAAGCAAGUGCCAAUAGUCACGGCUGUAGGAGAUUCUAAGCGAUUACCUGCUCAUGAGCUCGCUGCGCUGCUGGACAAGGAGCUGGGACAGAAACAAAAGGAGCUCGACCGACUAAAAGAGCAGAACAAACUUUUAAAAGACCAACUGAAAGAUGCAUUGGGGAGAGAGCAAAAUGCCAGAGAGGGCUAUGUCCUGCAGAGUGCAACACCUCCCUCCUCAUCACCUCACAGAGCGCCAUGGCAACACUUGCACAAGCUGAAUCAAGAUUUACAGGGGGAGCUUGAGUCCCAAAAGCACAAGCAGGACGUCACUCAGCAUCAAAUCCGGACUUUAAAGAGAAGCUACACUGAAGCUCAAGGUGCUGUUGACCGCCAUGAGGCUGAUAUUCAGGCUCUGCAGACUAAACUUGCAUCUGCUAUGGCUGAAAUCUUGGCUAGUGAACAGGCUGUGGUUCGAAUGCGCAACGAACUCAAGCUGGAGCAGGAGCGUUCAAAAGAGCAGGAAGAGGAAUAUGGACGCAACGAGGCCACCCUACGAGCCCAGUUGAAGGAUAGUGAGGACAGACUCGGUGAAAUUGAGGCCAGUCUCUUGGAAAGAAAUCAGGCUCUAAGGCACCUGGAGCACCAGCAAGCCUUGCAACGAGACCACAAGAAAGAGAUACAAAGGUUGCAGGAAAGGCUGCAGGAGGUAACUGCUCGACUACUUGCUACUGAAGAGGGCCAGGCGCUAAAGGAGGAGCGCCUCAGAAUUGAGCAAUUCAGCAUGCAAGAGAGUCAUGAGAAGGAAAGACAGAAUCUGAGUAGAAGGUUGGCUGAGGCAGAAACUUCACAGAAGGAAGUAGAAGACAAACUGUUUGAGGCUGAACAACAAGUUGAAGCCUUGUUGAGGGGGAGACGGACCUCAGGUGGAAAAGAGUACAAGGAGGAAAUGUUGAAACUUCAGGAGCAGCUGGCUCAAAAGACUGACACAGUCGAGUCGUUGAGGGAAAGUGUGCGGCGGCUAGAGGAAGAAAAAGGCCAUCUCACCUGUCGCUGUCAGGAGCUUUUAAACCAGAUUGCAGAAGCAGAUCGUGAGGUGAACAAGCUUCGUAAUCGUCUGGAAACUGAAGAAGCCGAUUACUACACCCUGGAGCAUUCAUAUGAGAGGGCUACACAGGAGUUUCAAAAAAUGAGCCAGUUUCUUAGAGAAAAAGAAGAAGAAAUUCGACUAACUAAAGAGAUGUAUGAAAGAUUAAUGGAACAAAAAGAGGGCGAUCUGAAAGAGGCUCUUGUCAAAAUGACUGCACUUGGCUCCAGCUUGGAGGAAACUGAACAGAAGUUGCAAGCAAAAGAGGAGCUCCUAUGUCAAAUGAGUCAAAGUCUCAUCAAUAAAGCUGAGCCCUGCAAAGCUCAAAAAGAUCUGCAAGCCAAGCUCGUGGUGGCAGAGGACCGCAUUGCAGAACUAGAGCAGCAUCUCAAUGCUCUCCAGCUUGGAUAUGCUGACUUUUGUGUGGAGAUGGAUCAAAUCCCAGAACCUGAUAAGAAGGGAGAAAUUAAUACAUCAAAUAUUGAGUUUUCUUUAAAUGAAGACUCCAAGACGGAGAACUCCUCAGAUAAGGAUUCUCAAGCCAAGAGACCAAAAAUACGUUUUGCCAAUAUUCAGUGCCAAAAAUAUAUCAGUCCUGAAGACAUGGACAGUAGCCAUGAGAGCAGCCAGUUAGUUGAAGAACAACACAGUAACCACACUGUUAACGUGGACCUCCAGCUAACUGAAGGAAACAUUUCUCCACAUUCUAGCGACCCAGAAAAGUUUAUUUCCAUCAUACAUACUCUAGAAACUAAACUUCUUGCCACUGAGGAAAAGCUGAGAAAUCUUACGCAGAAUUUAGACGUGCAGCAAUUUGCUCAAGCUGAUGAGAUGUCCAGGUCCGAUUUAAAUAUGUCAGAAAACAAGCCUUGUACAGAGGAAGCGAUUAGUGGUUCUGCUCUUCAGGAUUAUACCAAGGCCUUGGUGUGCGUUGAAAACGGCCGAGAGAAAGUAAGGACACUGCUCACCGGCUCCUAUGGUACGACUGAUUCACAGCUGCACUCACUGUCAAAGAUAGAAAAUGAUUUGUUCAAUGCGUCUCUGCACAUCCGACAAGGCCAAAAGACGUUGGAAGAGCAGUCACCAGUUAUCCAUCAUAAUCAACUCCCAGAGACGGGAGACAGUGAUGCGCUGCUCCUUUUUGCCAAAACGCUGUCUUUUGAAGCAGUGGUUUUGAACAAGAUGGCUUUGUUAAUACAAACUUCAAAGUCUGACCUCCAGAAAGCUCUUGUUGAGAUAUGGGAGGACUUGGAGCACAUUAAAAGGAGUGAAAAAGAUUGCUUGGCCAUAGUUUACGCUGAUGUUUUGACCAGGAAGUUGAUGUUGGAAAGCACGUUCUGGAAGGAUGUGGAGAGAGCUGAGACAGAUGUGGCUUCAUUUCAACAGAGCAAUGAAUCUGUUGAUGUGGACGUUGAUGCCACUUCGGUCUUCAACACCUUCCUUAAAGCAGAACUGGCUUACUCAAUUCAAUACCUUAAAGUUGGCUAUGAAGAGAAAUUUGAAGCGCUGAAAAUGGAGUUGACUGAAGCCCAUAAUAAGCUGUAUCAAAGAGAAAUGGCUCUGAUAGAAAUUAUUGAUGCUUCUAAAAGGCCUGAAUUGAAAACCGUGAUCAAGAAGGUCAAAAGUAAUCUUGGGAUUGGUAAACAACAGUUAGCUGACAUUCACCCUCCUGAACUCGCUCCCUACAUGGAACAGAUCGAACAGGAAGAAGCUAGAGAGUUGGCUGAGGAAAUUGUGGACAAACACUUGGCCAGUGUCACGUCCUCUUGUGGUGUUGAGUCUAUUGAAUCAUUUCAAAGCGCCCAUGAAAACUUGGCUAACGAGCUUCAAAGGCAAGCUGCAGUGUUGCACAAAUAUGCUCAAGAGUUAGAAAGCAGUGAAAGCCAUCCUGCACUUUCUAAAAUGAUCCAUACAGUUUUAGGGCACCAGACAUCACACGGUUUGACAAGCACCUCUCUGUGUAUGCGUGAAGCCCUUAUACAGGCUCAAGUGGCUUAUGUAGCAUGUAGGUUACGCGCCAUGCAUGAGCAAGAGUUGAGUUUGUGUAAGCAGACCAGUCAGCACAUGGAAGCUCUGGUGCAGCAGCAUGCCUGCAAUGUCACAGCAAUCCAAGAAAAAUAUGAAGGCUCUUUACAAGAGCAGCGUGAGAACUUCGCCCAAACGGUGGCCUCACUCCAGCAGGAGAAUCAGACGAUGAAAAGUGAGAUCAGUAAACGUGUAAACCAGCUCUCCCAGCAGAAAGAGCAAGUAGUCCUUCUGGAGGAUCGUUUCCAGAGGGAGACUGAAGACCUGAAGCAGAGAUAUGAGAACGAGCUCAGCCAGGCAGAGCAAAGUCACGCCUCCACAGAGCUGGCCCUCAUGGAGACAGCAGCCGACAGUCAGCGAAAGCUUGAGCUUCUGCUGGUGGACAUGGACAGCAUGGAAGAGCACCACACAAGUCACAUGAAGAAACUACAGGAGCAGUUUGAAGAGAAGAUCUGCGAACUUCAUCAAAUCCACAAACAGGAGGUUGAUAAAUUACAUUCACAGUACGUGGAAAGCAUUCAGCGUGCCAAAAAAAGUUCUGAGGUCUUUGAUUCGCCCUCCUGUGAGGAGGUUGCAACACCAAUGGAAGAGGAGGUGGAAGACAUGUCAGAGGUGGACUCCAUGGUGGUUCUGAAAGACCGCAUCCAGGAGCUGGAGACUCAGAUGAAUAGCAUGAAGGAUGAGCUGGAGAACAAGCACCUUGAAGGAGAUGUGGCCAGCCUGAGAGAGAAAUACCAAAGAGACUUUGAAAGUCUUAAGGCCACAUGUGAGCGUGGUUUUGCUGCAAUGGAAGACACCCAUCAAAAGGUCAUAGAAGACCUCCAGAGGCAGCAUCAGAGGGAAAUUUCCAAACUACUGGAGGAACGAGAAAGACUGUUGGCUGAAGAGACCGCUGCCACUAUUGCUGCUAUUGAAGCCAUGAAGAAUGCACACAAGGAGGAACUGGAGAAGACCCAGCGUUCUCAACUGAGCGGUCUGAACUCAGACAUCGAUGAGCUCCGCUUACAAUACGAGGAGGACCUGCAGUCCAUCCAUAGAGAACUGGAGGUGUUGUCAGAGCAGUAUUCUCAGAAAUGUCUGGAGAACGCUCACCUGGCUCAGGCGCUGGAGGCGGAGCGGCAAGCCCUCAGGCAGUGUCGGAGAGAGAACCAGGAGCUGAAUGCUCACAACCAGGAGUUAAACAACAGGCUGUCUGCAGAAAUCACUCGGAUGCGCUCCUGUUUCAGCGGUGAAACCGCUCUUUCACCACUUACCCGAGGCAAAGACGUGUAUGAAUUGGAGGUGCUGCUACGAAUAAAAGAGUCAGAGAUUCAGUAUCUCAAACAGGAAAUCCACUCUUUAAAGGAUGAGCUGCAUUCUGCUUUAAGGGACAAGAAAUACGCCACAGACAAGUACAAAGAUAUCUAUACGGAGCUGAGCAUUGUGAAGGCGAAGGCCGACUGUGACAUCAGCAAACUGAAGGAGAAGCUGCUCAUGGCCACAGAAGCUCUAGGAGAAAGAGCCGUCGAUGAUUCUGUUACGUCCGGAUACGAUAUCAUGAAAUCAAAAAGUAAUCCAGAUUUUAUGAAAAACGAAAAAUCCACAACCUCCAGGCAGCUGAGAACUGUAAGGUCAAAGAGCCUUAAGGAGGGACUAACCGUGCAGGAGCGCAUGAAGCUUUUCGAGGCAAAAGACUCCAGAAAGAUUUAAAUAUCAGUGAAAGAGAAGCCUCCUCUCACUUUUUAUUUGAUUUCAUGGAAAAGUUCAGAACUGGACCCUCUGAUUCCAUUCCUCUCAGCUGUCAUUAUAACGUUUGACUUGACUGAAUUUACAGAAUGAAUCCUGUAAGUUUUGUUUUUACACAUUACAGUGAAUCAAACUGGAGGGAUUUUUAAUGAGUUUCUUUUAAUCCUCAUAAUACUAAAACUCACAGCAAUACACAGUAUGAACAGUAUAUAUUUCCUUGUACAAUUAGAUUUCUGCUGUACUAUAUUCUUGUUACAGUGUUUUAUAUUUAGUGAUUUUUAUGUGUUUUAUUGAUGCACCAGUUGAGUUGUAUAUAACUACUGGAUUUACUUAGAGUGGAGUUUGUUAGUGAUGUUGGGGGCAUCUGCUGUAUUAUAACAAA